ACAUUUGGACAAUGGAAGAAUGGGAGCUAAGUGUGACACGUGCAACCAUAUUCUAAAAAAUACAGCAAUAUCUCGCCUUCGUACACAUAGAAAAAGAUGUUUUCGCAAGAGCAGUAGUAUUGAUUCUAAAGAAGGUGAAGCCAUAUCAUUAUCGUCAGAUGAUAGUGUGAGGUCUGAAAAUGUAAUGACACCCAUCGAUAGGCCAGUUAGACGGGUUAGACCACUUAACAGGGAAAUUAAUUCUACUGCUGCGUCUACUGGAAUAACUUCUGACGAUGAAACUCAAGAAGUGCCCCAAGAAGUGGUUAUGGAAGUUGAAGUAAACACAAGUGCCCCUCCUCCCCAAUCUUCAUAUAGAGUUUUAGAUAUUGAAAACCUGGAGAUAAUUCCAUCCCCUGUAUCAUCGCCACUACCGAUAUCAUCAUCAGAGGUUGAUGAGUCGUUGGCCAGCUAUUGGAACAUGGAUAUGCCAAAGAGGAGCGCCAAGGUCGCAAUUUUCCCAUCAAUUUCGCAGCUUCCAUUUCCACUGCAUCCUCAUCAUCAUCAUCAUCGAGGACUGACAUAUCAAGAUCGUCUAAGUUAA